AUGGUUUCUCGUAAUCAUGAUUCUGUUAGUUUUGCUCUUGGUCUAACUGGAAGCAUUAUUGGUUUCCUUAGUUUGGUUUUUACAUGUAUUGGUGUUGCUCUUCCAACAUGGUAUAUUGGUACAAAUGCUAAUCAAACAAUUAUUGUAGCUAAAGCUAAUUUAUUUUCUUCUUGUUAUGCUCCAUAUACAUCUCAAGAAGUAAUAUCAUCAACACUUAAUUGUGGAUCAUUUAAUUCAUAUUUAUGUUCAACAACAUCUUAUCAAAAUUCUGUAUUAAAUAUUACAGCAUAUAGUCCCGGAUGCACAAAUCCUAAUAGUGACGCAUCGAUUUAUUCAGAUUUCGAUGCUCCAAUUUAUCAAGUUUCAACUAAAAAUUUUUAUAGUUUACGUAGUGCUGCUAUACUUUCAAUAAUAUCUAUUCUUUUUACACUUUUCUCAACUAUAUUUGGAUUUCUAACAGGAAUCAUAUUAUUAAAUAUUUAUUUAGUUUUUAUUGCUCCAAUUUUUGCUUCCGUUGCCGUAAUCUUUGGUAUUUGUGCUUUAGUUAUUGCUGGUUCUGUUCUUAACUAUACAGGUGUUGGUUUUGCUUUAUUCGUGGUUGGAAUUUUACUUGAAUCAGUAGCUCUUCCAUUAUUAUCAAUGGUAGCUGGAAGAUUGAAUAGUAUAGAAAUAACAAAGCAUACAAAUGAGGAUGAACCUAUGUUUAUAGAACGUGACGAUUCAUUUCCUGAUAUUCAACGUGAAUAUACGAGUAGAAUUUGA